UAUUGACACUAAAUCCUCGAACCACACCUAGAAAAAUGCGGCUGACUUUUCUCAUUUGUCUUUUGGCUACCGAGAGAGGAUGCGGAUUUUCCCUCCGCGCUGCCUUUCGGACUUCACGAGAUUCCUUGCCGAGUCUCACGUCGGCGGUUUCUCCUCGAGGCACAGGAAUGGGCAUGGGCGCGAACACUAAGGGCGGCACUAAGAAAAAGAAUGGAAAAGUAAAACAGCCGUCUAAUCCUCCUUACGAUGUGAGUGCUUCCUUGCUUCGUCUGGACAAGAAAUACGAAGAACUGCAGCUCGCGGCUGCGAAGACACUCCAGAAAGAGUUUGAUUCAGACGACGACCUCGUCACCACGGAGUACAUUAUCACAGCCCGUGCUUCUCCAAUCGUUGCUGAUUGGGUUCCCGUCGCCCAACUUUGUUUGGCCCGUACACAGGCGGACGCACACGCGUCCGAAGGUGCGGCCGACCCGACCCUCCAAGCGGCAGUCAGCCUGUAUUGUCGGGAACUUUCUCACGUGGCCGGGAUGGGAUCACGGUUAUUCCAGUCCGUCGCACGCAAUGAGUUGCAAUAUGCUGUUGAAUCCAUGGAUUCGUUUCAUAAGCACGUUUACGAAGUCGUUUUGGAAGGGAAAAACGAAAACACGAAGAACGAAAACGUCAUGACUAAAACUGAAGCUAGGAGUGUUUUGCAAUUAGAAGUUGAUGUCGUCGACAAGAGCGAAAUCAAGCGGGUCUACCGCAAAAUGUCAAUGGCAUGGCACCCGGAUCGCUUCGUGGGUAAGGAUCUGACUGACGAGGAGAUGAAAGAGGCGUCGGUUAUGUACUCCAAAAUUAAGUUGGCGUAUGAGACCCUCGAGUCAGGGAUUCGCGAAAUCGGCAAAUCGUGGUACGAAUCUCUCGGGGGCCGAGCAAGGACGGAUUUUCAUGGACCAGUGCGUCUGUCACCGAUUAGUGAGGCCAAGGCAUUGCUGGAGGCAUCUAAAGUUUCAAGCGCUGUGGUCGGGCUGGAUCCGGAAAUGGUCCAAGGUUUUGUAGCUCGUAGUCAAGCAGGUGUAUAGAAUAUGGAAUUUUCCUUACUGCGCCGCUAAAUCAAGGUGUUGCAUCGAGAAGCCGAGAAAUGGAUGUUGACAAGUUGGGUACUAUAGUUCAUGGCUGUUGUAUCAGGUUGUACACGGUUGAUGUGAAACGCGACUUUUCCCGCCUUACCCAAUUCGGCUUUCCCACUUUGUUGGCUUUGCGCAUCUUGCGGUAUUCGAACGAUUUUCUAUUUGUAGAAAAUAUCUGACUGUCAACAUUUACUUUGCAUAAAAGCAAUUUGAUUGCUGAGACCAAAAACCUCAUUGCGUUGGCCUUCUUAACUGUUAGU